UCCAAAUUCCAAACCCCAUCUCCUAUAAUCUCCCACCUCACAAUCCCUCUCCCCAACUUCAUCUCCUCCCUCCUCUGCUCUCCUCUCCAUUGAGGCAAAACCAAACCAAACCACCAUGGAUAGAGAACAAGAAGAAAUGCAAUUUCUAGGCUUUUUCGGCAUCUACGUAGAGUCAUACAAGAUCAUCAUAGCAUGGAGGAAGAUCUUCAGCCAAAUCAGCCUUGCUUUAAUCCUCCCACUCUCCUUCAUCUUCCUAGCUCACAUGGAAGUCUCUGCACUCCUCUUCUCGAAGAUCCACCACCAUGAAUAUCAGUUACGUGGAACUCCGGACGGCACGCAAAAGCACGACAAGCUCUCCGACCUCGUCUCCUCUGAGAUGGCCAUCUUGUGGCUCUUCAGAUUAGCGUAUUUUACUUGCUUCCUCAUCUUGUCCCUCCUCUCUACUGCUGCUGUCGUCUACACCAUCGCCUCCAUCUACACCGCUCGACCGGUGACUUUCAGGAAGGUGAUGAGUGUAGUCCCCAAAGUCUGGAAGAGACUCAUGGUCACAUUCCUCUGCACCUUCGUCACUUACUUCCUCUACAACGCGGUCGCAGUACUACUCAUCAUUCUCUGGGCAUUCACAGUCGGAGACACCGAUGCCGCUGCAGCAGUAUUGAUCAUCAUUUUCAUCUUAUACGCAAUUGGGUUCAUCUACUUAACCAUUAUUUGGCAACUUGCUAGCGUCGUCUCGGUCCUAGAAGACUCAUACGGGUUCAAAGCCAUGAUCAAGAGCAAGAACCUAAUCAAAGGGAAGAUGUGGAUCGCCAUUGUUAUCUUCUUCAAGCUCAACUUCGCUAUGGUGGCGAUACAGAUACUGUUUGAGAUACUAGUCGUGCAUGGUGGCGAGUCAGUGAGCGUAGCGGGUAGAGUCGGGUUUGGGAUACUGUGUCUGUUGUUGCUGUUGAAAUUGUUUUUGUUUGGAUUGGUCAUUCAGACUGUGAUCUACUUCGUUUGCAAGUCUUAUCACCAUGAGAAUAUCGACAAGUCGACGUUGUCGGAUCAUCUUGAGGUAUAUUUGGGAGAGUAUGUUCCUUUGAAAGCAAAGGAUGUUCAGCUUGAGCAAGUUCAUGUUUGAUUGAGGUUAUGGGUGGUGUUUUGUUGUAAUGGUUGGUCUUGAUCAUUAUAAAUUAACGAUCACAGUUGUUAUGCCAGACUAUAUAUAUAUACUUAACUUCCAAGAACUAUAUAUAGUUUUUUAUUUUUAUUUUUAAA